CUUUAAUAAAUGUUUCUGUCCGGUAGGAUUGUAAUAAUAAUAUGCCGUAUGGCUACUGGGAUCGAGUACUGACUGGCCAGUUUGCCACUGUAAUCGCUGUCAUAAUACACGUACCGGCAAAGUUUAAUGCUGACAAACGCACUGGUCAGACGGUCUGACGUAUGUUGAGUUGUGGCGUAUGUACAAACUGGUAUACGGGUGCAAUCUUGGACAACUUCAUGCCAUCCUUAAUAGUGCUCAAUUUAAAGUGUUGAUCGAGACCACUUUAGUGUUGGGACGAAGAGGUUUUUUUUCGCCAGUCUAUAUAUCAAUACGAUUAUACACCAUUGAACUGUCCACAGUCCGAGUGGACCGGAAGGAAAUUUGAUCAUUUGGCGUUGACAGAAGUUGGCAUGAUGUGCCGGCGCGCAGUGCAUCUGUAGUAUAUGUGUGUGCUGAUAUGGUCGAUGUCUCGAUGACAUAUUUAGUGUACUUCCUGUCUCAUCCCUUGUCGGCCCACUUGGCCUUCGCAGGCUGUUCCUGAGCGACAAAUGUCUAACCUCAGGAAGUGGCGGAUACGGUCUAAGGAUGAACAUUUGGAUGUUCCGCUUAAUACACCUAGUUAGCGUUGGAUUAUUAUACCUGUUGCGUUAUACCGCUGAUGCUGCAUCUCUCUCUUUAGCAUUGAAAUAUUUGCAACGCUUUGGAUACAUCGACCAUGAUACAAAUGGUGGACUGGCCGCCCAAGUGUAUCGGGAAGAUUUCAUUGCGGCUAUUCGGGUCUUUCAGCGUUUCAGUGGUUUGCACGUUACCGGUAGAAUGGACGGACAGACACUCAAACGGAUGAGGACUCCACGCUGCGGAAAUCCUGACCCGGUGCAUAAGGGUUUCGGUUCAAGAGCGUUUAUACUCCAAGGUAGUAAAUGGGAUAAACUGGAUCUCACAUUUAAGAUUGGCCAAUAUUCAAGGACGCUGAGUAGGAAAGCGGUAGAUGAAAUUAUUGGGAAGGCUUUUGCAUACUGGUCAAAGCCGUCCGGUUUGACUUUUACACAAGUGGACAGCGGGCCUGCCGACAUUGUAAUAUUGUUUGCACGCGGAGAGCACGGCGAUUUAAGCCCCUUUGAUGGACCUCAAGGCGUGCUGGCACAUGCAUUUUUUCCUGAUUUCGGAGGGGACACCCAUUUUGACGAUUCCGAACGGUGGACACAGAGCGCCCGGAACGGUGUGAAUCUACUGCAAGUAGCGGUGCACGAACUGGGCCACGCCCUCGGCCUGGACCAUUCGGAUGUGGCCGCAGCUGUGAUGGCGCCGUUCUACGAUGGCUUUAAUCCGAAAUUCGAGCUGCACUCCGACGACAUAGCGGCGAUCCGGCGAUUGUAUCCGCUUCGCGAAGGCACAACCGGCGCCACGGAAUCCUCAUCCGAAACCGAUGACCUUAGCACACCACCGGCGUUCACCCUCCCGUCGACACGACAUCCGUUCCGAACGCGAUUCACCACGGUGCGGCCAACUACAUCAACUCUGACCUCGGAUACGGAUGCGGUGCCCCUGGAUCCCGAUAACGAAUCGGUCUUCACGGCACCGCCGCCCAGCACGACCACCCGCUUGCCGCCGGUGUACACGACAAAAAGCUGGAUCUGGCCCAGCCGAGAGACGGCCACCCGAGCAACCACAACUGCCACGACGGCGGUAUAUUUUGAGGGUAUGGAUCACGAAAUGCUGGAUGAUGCUGAGAUGAGCACCAGCACACUUCCGGUAACGACCACCACAACGACACAGUCGACGACAACACCAACGACAACGGAGCGGUCAACAACGACACCCGCUAAACCGAAAUUCAUUACCACAAAUCCCCCGCCCACUCGACGCCCCACCGUAUUAACGACGGCCAGAGUAAAUGCCACUGUGACGAGCAGCCACAACGCGACAUCAUCCGAUCAGCCAGCCGCACCGGAUCUCUGUGAUCCGCAUUUCGUAAUCGAUGCGACCACCACAUACGAGGGAGUUGGAUACAUGUUUAGCGGGGAUUACUACUGGACAAUCAGUGCCAUGGGUGAGGUGCUGCUUCCGGGUCGGCGGAUAGCGGCGGAUUGGGGCGGUCUGCCGGGUAAAUUAGACGCGGCGCUCACGCCGUCAUGGGCUGGCGGACGGACGUACUUCUUUAAGGGUUCGUGGUACUGGCGCGUACAAGACCGGAAAAUUGAUUCCGGCUAUCCUAAACUGAUUCGCGCCAGCUGGGGAGGCGUGCCUGACGAUCUCGAUGCGGCGUUUCAGUGGGGGAAAAAUUCGCGGACCUACUUUGUCAAAGGGAACCAAAUCUGGUCGUUCGAUCGAACCAAACUGCCACCUGUUCGCGGACCUAAACCGCUUCCAGUCGACCGUGGCUUCCCGCAGCACAUUGACGCGGCGUUCCGCUCAUCCAACGGACGCACUUACUUGUUCAGUAAAGACAAAUACUACGCUAUGAGCACAUGGAGUUUCUUAGUGAGCCGGUACUAUCCUCAACCAACAGCACCGCGGUGGUUUGGAUGCGGAUCGUUAUCAGAAGAACCGAAAGACCACCUGCUGUAUGAUCCACAGAGGGAGGACAUCGAAUCCCAAAAGAAUUCUACAUUUGCUCAGUUGAACACAUUGAAAUUGUCUAUGUAUCCUAUGCCUUGAAUUCCGCCACAAACAAUCUUCUACUGCAGUUUUGUAACAUCCUUUUUCUCGAUGAUUGCCUAAACAAUAAAUUAUGCUGGCAUGAACAGACGGAAAACAAGAUGUGAUGCGGAACACAGUUUACAAAAGAUUGAGUUUCCUCUGACGAUGUUUGCUAAACUUAAACUGUUAACUUGCAUCCAUUCUGUUGUGAAUAAUGUGUGAAUACACGUCGUACGAUUCAUGUUGGCGUUAAGUCGGUUCUGUUCGUUUAUAUGUAGGUGAACAUAAUUUGCACGACAGCCAUUUUGGCAGAGUAAAGUAAUAAAUUUUCAAAUCGAUUGUGUUGAGGGGUCAAAGUAGUCCCGCUGCUUUAUGGAACCAACAUGUUUUGAGGAU